CUGUGGCUUUUGCAACUUUGACGUACACCAGACUCGUGGGACAGACUUUCCCUGAACUUGCCAGAAAUCGGUCUGUCUUGUGUUACCUCUUUGAAGAAAGUCAGCUCUGGCUUUACCUGUGUCUGUCUACCUUCUCCCCAGCCUUCCUGGAGGUACUGCAGAAAGUAGGAGCUGCUUUGUCCCAGCUCUUGGGUCCACCAGUGGGUCCUGUAAAAAGCAUCCCACCUACAUGCAUGGGAACCUUCAGAGCACGUUACUGAAUCUAGGUGCCGUCCUAGUUACCUGCAAGGCAUCUAAUCAGUGGGUUACCAAAUCGUGCUUUGCAAGCUCCUCUAUGUCCAGACAUCCAUUUGGGGUCCUCGCAUCCAACUGUGUCAUCAGGGCUUUCUUGCCAGCCAGAAACAGAACCAAAAUCUUCUGUGUGCUUGCUCUUGAAGCUGUAUAGGACCAUAAGCUGAUUUAAGGAAAGAAACAGAAAAGCUUUUAUUGCCUGUGGAAGGAGAAGCAAGGUUUAUAUGCUUUGAAAAGAUCUACUGUAGUUUUCUGCCACUAAAUGCUAACAGGAAAAAAAAACAAAAAAAACCCAACUCAUCUGCUUGAGAAGAUUCUGUUGUAAUGUAUCCAGUGGCUGUUCCUGCACCAGGGGGUGAAGGAAAUAAUGGACAACAUGGGAAACUUAUUUUUUUCCUUUUUGUUUGUGGAGCUGUGUUGCUGUGCGCUGGAUUCCUGCUUUCAGUCUUUAUUCUACAGUCAUGCCCAUCUGGAACAUUCAGUGACUGUAAUGAGGUCCUUAAGGCUGCUGGGCCUGUGCUGGCUGUAAGUGGACUGGUUUGUAUUUUACUGGCAAGAUCAAGGGCCAGGUUGUAUAUAAGACAAAGACAGUUGCAGAAUGAACAGGUGUACAGUCUUGUUUUUUGUCGUGGGAACUGUCAGUUUGCCCAAUUUCUCAUAUUUGGAUUCCUGUUUUUAACUAGUGGAAUGCUAAUUAGCAUCUUGGGCAUUUGGGUUCCUGGCUGCAGCUCCAGCUGGCACACCAUACAGCUCAACCACACUGGCAGUUCUGAUGUGGACCUCCAGGGCUGUGGAUUCCUGUCUCUUCAAAUCAUGGGACCUUUGAUUGUGCUCACUGGGCUGUGUUUCUUCGUGAUAGCUCAUGUUAAAAAGAAACAAAACUUAAAUCUCAGCCAAGAAUCUUGUGAAAAUGAAGAACAACCUCAGAGGCCUGAACAUUUUCAGGUUACAGUAGGUGAUGCUGUAAUGAUAUUCCCACCUCCACCACCUCCUUAUUUUGCUGAUCCUGUGUCACCAACUGUAACACAUUGUCUUAUGUCAAGCAGUUUGCCUACAGGUGAAAAUCCCCCACCAUACCAUUCUAUCUUCAGUGAUGGAGCACAGCUUGCAGACGAUGAAAGAACAGUUGCUGUUAGAGACUAUGAAACCAUAUAUACAAUUUCUGGAAGCAGCUCACCUUCAGAUAUUUUACCAGUGCUAUACCUCUCCUCUGAAUCGCCUCCAAAAUACGAAGAAAAAGCAUCAAUAACAAAUAAUGAAUAUUCUUCAUCUUCUUCAUCUACUUCCUUAGUUCUAUCUGACACCAGCUCAUAAAGGACUGUCAGUUAGACUUAAUUUUUAAAUUAAAUUGUACAUUCAGAUUUACAAUUUUUGAAUUUAUUUACAUUUUAUAAUAAAAAAAUGUUAUCUGUGUCUAAUUUUUCAUCAAAAAGCAUAAACAAUGAAUUUGGGCUUCAAGGAAUAUUAGAUAAUGCUGGGCUUCUUGAGCAAGUAGUCUGAAGGGAUUCAGUUCACUGUAAGAAUGUUAAAUGUUCAUCUUGUUCUGUUACAGCUUCAAUUUCUAUUUUUAGUUGUUGAUAUAGUGGAGGCACUAAGUAGAAACCAACUUUUUUUCUUAUUUUAAUUAAAUCUGGAGCUUCAAAAAGAAAUAAUUAGGAAGUGGUUUUGUUUCUAUUUUUGCAUGACUUGUGGAAAAUACUGAUUUGCACAGUUACUGGCUUUAUGUAUUCUCUGAGAACAUCACAAAAGGGGAUGUUUAAGAUUGGGAUCAAGUAUGUUAUGGAGAACUUGAAUGGUUAGUUUUUGGUCUGCCUGGUAAUAAACAUUCCAUAGCUUAA